AUGGCUUCUCCCCGUCCUCCACACAACUUCGGUCCUCAAGGCUAUCCCCUCCCCAACGGUGCUGUUCCUUCUGGUCCCGUCCCCGGCGCCGCCCCUCUCCUCCCCAACAAUGGUCGAAUCAUUCAGAAUGGUCCCGUCAGAGUGCUGUGCAUUGCGGACGUGCGAGGUAAUCUGAAGUCCUUGAAUGAGUUGGCCAGGCAGGCCCGUGCAGACCAUAUCAUCCACACUGGUGACUUCGGUUUCUACGAUGACACUUCGCUCGAGCGCAUUGCAGACAAGACUCUUAAGCACGUGGCCCAAUACUCUCCCCUGCUCCCCGAGAAUGUCAAGCGCACGAUCGCCCAGACUCCUCCCCAGCAGUCGAUCAAGCAACGAUUCACCCCCGAUCAGCUACCCCUCUCAGAGCUUCCCAUGCUGCUCGACAAGCGGCUCACCCUCGAUGUUCCUGUCUACACUGUCUGGGGUGCCUGCGAGGAUGUUCGCGUGUUGGAGAAGUUCCGUUCGGGAGAGUACAAGGUUGACAAGCUGCACAUCAUCGAUGAAGCCAACUCGCGGCUACUCGACAUUGGCGGUGUGAAGCUCCGUCUCCUGGGUCUGGGAGGAGCUGUGGUUAUGCACAAGCUGUUCGACAAUGGCGAGGGCAAAACUACUAUUGCUGGUGGUCAAGGCACCAUGUGGACAACCCUGCUGCAAAUGGGAGAGCUGAUUGACACAGCAAACCGUGUAUACGACCCCUCAGAGACCCGGAUCUUCGUCACGCACGCGUCGCCGGCUCGUGAGGGCAUGCUGAACCAGCUGUCGGUCACGCUCAAGGCUGAUUUCUCCGUCUCCGCUGGCUUGCACUUCCGUUACGGCUCGUCCUACAACGAAUUCUCCGUCAACCCCUCCCUCGACCACUACCGGGGCAAGCUCGCCGCUUCCAAGGCUUCCUUCAAUGAUGUGUGGGAGACUGUCCGCGGCGAGGUUGAGGCCGCCAUUUCGCAGAACGAGGCUCAGAAGACUUUGCUCGACAAUGCCCUGGAGGUGGUCACCAAGAUGCCUACCGUUGCCAACGGUGGCAACCCGUUCGGUGGACCUGCUGCUCCCGGCAACGCAGCUGGCCAGGUCGACGAAAGCGCCUUCAAGAACAUGUGGAACUUCAACUUGGCGGACGCAGCAUUCGGCUUCUUGGUGCUUGAGAUCGAGUCGGGCCGCAUCGCUACCGAAAUGCGCGCUCAAGGAUUCAACUUUGCCCACCGUACUGGCAAGCCCCAGCCCGCUGGCCCAGCCCAGCCCGCUCCCGUCCCCGCUGGCGCCCCCGCUGGAAUUGCCUCGCCUCGCGUUCCCGGAGCUGCUCCCCAAUUCGGUCAGGCCCAACCUGUUCCCGCCCGCACGGGUCCCCUUCCCCAACAGCAGGCCCCGGCUCAGGCCAAGGCUCCCGCCGCCGCUCCCGCUCGUACAUCCCCCGUUCCCGUGAUCCCUAAGCCUGCUACGCCGCAGCCUGCCGCCGCCCCUGCUGCGCAGCCCGCCGUGACGUCCCCGGAGAGAACCACGACUGCCGAGGCCAAUGGUACCGCUCAGCCUGAGAAGCCCUCCGAAUCUCCGCUGCCCAAGAUUGAGAAGAAGCAGAGCAACGGCCUCUUCGUCUCGAACGUUGAGAAUGAACAAGCUGUGCGUGAUCUCUUCCCCGAGGAAGACAAGGCCAAGAUCACAAAGAUUGAGAAAUGGGGCAAAUACAACAACCAUGUCGUCCACUUCGCGACUGUCGAGGAGGCCAAGGCUGCUCUCGAUCGCCAGCCUGCCGAGCACAAGAAGCCUACCCCUGCCGGUCAGCCCCGUAAGCCCAACAUCAAGUUCUUCGAAGACCGGGGCAGCCACCGCGGCAAUGCCGGUACAUGGCAGAGCAGCAACCGUGGUGCCAACGCCCCCCAGCGCGGGUACCAGAGCGGAGGUGCCAGUGACAGCGAGACUAACCGCGGACGUGGAUUCCGUGGCCGAGGUGGUGCUGGCCGCGGCGACCGGGGCGGACGUGGCGGACGUGGCGGUCGCGGUGGGUUCAACAAGGGAGGUGCUCCGACUUCAGACUCGGGACCAGGCGACAAGCCCGCUGCAACUGGAGGCGACGCUUGA